GCAUGCAAAGAUUUAUUACUUCAUAUAUUCCCACAUUCCAAUAUCGGUCGUUCACUUCUAAAUAAUUGGGAAGAGGCUAUCGAUUUGAUCAUGAAACCACGAUCAGGAGCAGCACAUUCAUCUCAUGGGGAUGCUGCAAAAAUAGCUUCACUAAUAGUUAUUACUAAAUCACCUAAUCGUAUGGAUAGUCAAUGCAAAUAUUGUUCAGUGGCUAGAGGUGAUGCCGAUGUUUACCGACUCGAGAUGUUUACGAAGAGAAUUUAUGGUAAACCUUCAUUUUUUUUAUACGAUCAUUCGUCCGGAGCUUUCUUGGUUCAAGAAGCUGGUGAUAUAGCUUCAGACAUUUAUUCAAAACCAUUAGAUUUUAUUUAG